UGUAGGUGAGACUCCGAAUAAAACUCGAUUAAACACCAGUCGUAAAGAAAAAUAUAAUUUUUUCGAUAGUUCACGGAAACAAUGUCUGCUAUAACAAGCAUCGAUCAGUUUAAGCUGGAAAUACGAUGCUGUAUAGAACUAGCAAUACCAAGACGGAAGUUUGACUACACUCAUCAUGUGUUUAUAGGCGAUGUAGAUGAUUAUGGGUGCGAUCUUUAUCACUACGCAUUUUCAGUCAUACCCGCUUUUAAGUUUAACUCUCCUGGCAAAAUCACAAAGGUAAGACUAAAUUAUGAAAGAUAUAGAGCUUGUGCCGAAAUUCUUUCAAUAUUCAAUUUUGACAAUGGUGAUGUGGUUUUCAUUGUCAACCGUGACGAUUAUCCAAGUGACAAAAAUUCAGAAGAAGACUGCAUUAAAAAAGCAAAUUCAAGGUUAGGAGAAGAAAUGUAUUCGGCGUCAGAUAAUAAUUGUCAAAGUUAUGUAAACUGGAUUUUCUCGAAUGACAAUACAUCAAAACAGAUUAAGAGUAGUCCAUCAAAACGUUUCGCAGCCGAUGCCGUAGACGGAUUGUGUUCAACAGGAUUAUUACAUCCUUUAAUGCAUUUAGCAUCUGGGGUUAUUCACAAUUCUGAUACAUCAAAAGAUACUAUAGUAACAAUGAUACCAAAAAAGAAAACACCAUCAGAGGAUUUGGUAGAAAAAGAAAAGAAUUUAAUUGCACAAAAGUCGGAAAAGGAAAACAAAAAAAUCCAGCCACAGGAAAAGAAAAAACUAAAAAAGAAUAAAAGCAAAGAGGUUAAGAAAGAAAACCAUGGGGAAAAAUCAAUGAAUGCCGUAAGCAGUCUAGAAAAAACAAAAAAUAAAAAAAUUAAAGGAGACACAGGAAUAGCAAACCCACAUACAAAUAAAAAGAAAACAAAUGCUAAAAUUGAAAUCAAACAACCACAGUCUUUUAAAGACACGAUAAAAUCAGCAGAAAUGACAGGAAGAACAGGAUCUUUGGAGUCUCAAAAACUGGAAACCGAAUCUAAGAAAUUUAAGACAAAGAUAUCGAAAGAAGAAAUUCAGUCACACGUAGAUAGAGAAAAAUUGAAGACACAACCAGAGAAGCAAAGAGAAAAAUCAGAGCCUGUAACAUCACAAAAAUUAAAUCAAGAGAUUAAAUAUGCUCAAUCACAAAAUAUGAAAGAAAACAUUGAACGCUUAAAGUCACAGAAAAAGAGAAUAGAAGAAACACCAAAAAAUGAUGAUAAUAGAGGAAAUACAUAUUCACAUAUAUUGAAAAAAGAAGAUAAAAUAUCCUGCACAGAAUCAUGGCAACAAAACAUGAAAUCAAAACAAUCCGAUCAACUAAUAAAUGAAUUAGAGAGGCUUAAAAAGGAAGAAAUAAUUAGUAAAGUACAAAAAAUUACAAACGAAAAGGAAGUGCAUCUACAUAAAGCAGAAAAACCCAUUGAGCAAGCAGCAAUAUUAAAACUAAAGAAUGAAUCAGAGCAAUGCCAACCACUAAGACUAAAAGUUGAAUUAGAAAGAUUGGAAAAGGAAAAAAUAAAUACCAUAGAACAAGAAAUUAAAAACAAAACGGAAAUGCAUCCACAUAAAGCAGAAAUAUAUCAUCUGCCAACAGUAGAAGAAAAAUUAAUGCGACCGGAAAAGGAUGCCGAAUUUUUUUCAGAAAAAAGAUUGAAAGAAAAUGAAAGUAGAAAGUCAGUAAAAUCUGAGAAAAAUCCUCCUAAUUCCUCUUCUAAUAGUAGCGAUGGUAUAAACUCUCAAUGUUUACAAAUGCUGGGAUCACUUGCUUCAGGCUUUGAUAAAAGACAUUUGGUAGAUAUUCCCAAAGCGUUAAAUCCUUUUUCCGUUGAUAAAUCCUCCACAUCUUUAAAAGCGUUUUAUGAAAGCUACGCCAAAGAUCAUCUUGCUACACAAGCUGCUAAAAAGGUUCAAGACGAAGGUAUUAAACAAGUAUCACAAUCGUUAUCAACAGCUGCUGUAUGUUUUUCAGCUGUUGUUGAAAUAGGGUCUUUAACGCGAAAAUUCCAAAACAUUAAAAAUAAUGAACACAUGACAGACGAUCAGAAGGCGAGAUGCGCUGGAAAAGAAGUUUGGACUUCACUAUCUGGAGUAGCUGGCUCAGCUCUUGGGCAAUUAUUUAUUCCUAUUCCAGGAGUUGGAAGUAUGAUUGGUGGAGCGAUUGGCAAUGUUGUAGGAGGUAUUGUAGGUGGAGGCCUUUAUUCUUAAACUCGUAUGGGCGCAUUUUUAAAAAUGACAGUACCAUAGAACGAUCUUUUGAUAUAUUACGAAGUUAAUUCCAUCAUAUAUAUUUUACUUUCUUCAACGGUUAAUCAUGAUAUGUUCAAGUUUAAAUUUUGUGAAAAAAUAAAAUAAGGUUUAAUCUUAUCAGUAUAUUUGACAAAAAUACAGUUGCAAUUUUACAGGAAUGUAAGGAAGACUUACAUGGUGUUUAAUAUUUGAUUUUUGGAUGUUUUAACAAUAUCUAAGAGUUUUUCUUUUAUCAGCAGUACAUACACGAUAUCUUGACCAAAUCUAUUGACUAUAUAUAAAAUUAAUUUCACUUGAUUGUCGUUUAAAUUGUUAUGCUUGA